CCGUCCCCGCACAUCCAACCCAUUUCCUCCCCCCCAAAGCCACCCAGCCUCCAUCUCCAAUCCCAUUCCUUGCCCCGCCAGCGCCAGGCCGGCCUCCUCGCCCCCGGAUCAAAGCUAGCUCCGUGUCGACCAAGGGCGCGCGAGGGGAUCGUCUUUGACCUCGUAUACUACAGGCGUCAUGGCGCAGCGGGACAACAAGGUGGAGGAGCCGACGGAGGUGCACCUGCACGCGCCGGACAUCGCGCUCUGCGCCAACAGCUGCGGCUUCCCGGCCAACCCCGCCACCAACAACCUCUGCCAGAACUGCUUCAUCGCCGCCUCAUCCACCUCCUCCACGUCCCCGCCGUCCCCGUCAUCCUCCUCCUCGCAGCCGGCGCCGUUCCCGACCCUCUUCGACAAGCCUAGGGCGCCCGCCGCAUCGGCGCAGCCCGUGUACGUGGCCGUCGACCGGCCGGCCGCCGGCCCCGCCGACCCGAAGGCGUCCAGGUCGUCGUCGGUCAACCGCUGCCACAGCUGCCGGAAGCGCGUCGGCCUCACGGGCUUCCGCUGCCGCUGCGGCGAGAUGUUCUGCGGCUCCCACCGCUACUCGGACCGCCACGACUGCAGCUUCGACUACAAGUCCGCCGCCAGGGACGCCAUCGCCAAGGAGAACCCCGUCGUGCGCGCGGCCAAGAUCGUUAGGUUCUGAAGAUCAAAGGACAAGGAGGACAUGAUGAUAUACACACACACGGAGAAGAAAUCUCAAGAAAAAUCCACUCUUUUUUCCUCUUUCUUUCCUUCCUUUGGAAAAUUAAAGGCGAGCCACCUAGGUGUUACCGUGAAUGAAAACGGAAAGGAGAGAAAAGGUGGAAGAUGGUGAUAGGGGCGGGCGCGACGAAGGACAAAACAGUGCGAUGAUAACCUUGUGGUUGUUGUAGUGGUGGUUGGCUGCCGGCUCGCGGCGGAGGAGAUGAGGAAGAUAGGGUGGGUGUGUGGUGUUGUCCCAUGAUCUCUCUAUUUAAAAAUUCAAUUUCCCUAUAUAUUUGUAUAAAUUAUCAUCAAUCGAUCGCUUGGGUGGUGUCA